AAACGGGACGCAGUUGCAUAGCCAAAAUAGUAAACGAGACUAAGUUCUUUUGGGGAGGAUGAGGCAGAGUGCAAAACGAUGGCAGCUACAACAAUCUCGCCGGCGAUUAGGAAGCAAAUGAGCAGCGUUGCCGUCGCAAUGAAGGUCGCGAUUAUCGGCGGCGGAAUUUCCGGAGCCGUGUGCGCAUCGACUCUGGCAAGGAAUGGCGUCUCCGUCACAAUCUUCGACUCGGGUCGUGGACCUGGUGGACGUAUGUCUCAAAGAAGAGAGAUUGGAGAAGAUGGGAAGGAGUUGAUGUUCGAUCAUGGAGCUCCAUUUUUCUGUGUGAGCAACUCUGAUGCAUUGGCUCUUGUUCACGAGUGGGAGUCCAGAGGUGUUGUUUCUGAAUGGAAUCAAGUUUUUGGGAGUUUCGAUUGCGCAUCCAACAAGUUUCUUGGCUUCCAACAGGAAGGGAAUGCAAACAAGUAUGUGGGUGUUCCUGGCAUGAACUCUAUAUCUAAGGCCUUGUGUCAAGAGUCUGGUGUUAAAAGUAUGUUUGGAACUGGUAUUGCCAAGCUGGAAUGGUUGGAAGAAGAGAUACCGUGGUUGUUGACAGAUUCAAAAGGAGAAAACGUGGGUCGUUUCGAUGGAGUCGUUGCGUCAGAUAAAAACAUUGUUUCUCCAAGAUUUACUCAAGUAACCGGACUCCCACCGCCACUGGACUUGAGUCUAGUCCCGGACUUGGCACCUAAACUACAACUUAUUCCUGUUUUACCAUGCUUCUCUCUUAUGCUAGCUUUCAAGGAGCCAUUGUCUUUGAUACCAGUAAAAGGCUUAUCUUUCAAGAAUUCUGAGAUUUUGAGCUGGGCUCACUGUGAUAGCACUAAGCCAGGACGGUCUACUGAUAGUGAAAGAUGGAUACUGCAUUCAACUCCAGACUAUGCCAAUGGUGUUAUUGCUAGGACCGGCCUCCAAAAGCUAUCGAAUGAAACACUAAACAAAAUAGCUGAAGAGAUGUUCAAAGAGUUUCAUAGUUCAUGACAGUGUCUUUGCCUUGAU